AUGUGGAAACAAAUAAAGGCUUUUGUCGAGCCUUUUGAACGGUUUAUAACAACUUCUGGAAUCAAAAAAACAAAUGUAAACAGUAGUUGCAUUCCACAACUUUCCAAGUCUUUCAAACAUGUAUCUGAACAUCAAAAACAAUCUACAACUUCUACUUUUGUAAACUCUAUAGAGAAAUCAAAACUUUUGCGUUUUCUUCAAGAGACCUUUCCCGUUCUCAAAUCACUUAAUGAGAUAUCCGUUCCUGCGACUUUUACCCAGACUUCACUUCAUUUUUAUAAAUCACAAAGGACAUGUUUAGUUCACAAUUAUGGGCUCCUACAACCUGCUGGUGCAAGAAAUAUAUUUAGCAAUAGAACUAGAAAUUUUUCAUCUGUACAGACUGCCAUGCUAAAUAAUUGCACUGGUAGUGGUAGUACCAUCCUUGCACAACUAGGCUUCAAGCCCUUUUCAGCGUUUGCUACUAAAACCGGGUCCUUGUGGGCUCAACAGCUACAAAUAAAUCAUCCCUCAGAAUGUGAUCGCGUCAAGAAAAAUAGGUCCACAAAUCUUAAAGUAGCGGAUCAAAAUAAAUCAUUUACCAAAAGUAAGAGUACUAUUGAGGCUAUACAAAAGAAGGAUAUAAUCGACGAAAAUAUGUCCAGAAUUGUUUGUCACUCCAAUAUUACUAAAUCGCUUAAACAAAACGAUGCAGUUACCGAGAUAAUGGAUGAUAAAAUCAUUGUCACUAGUGAUAAUGUUCAAAUAUACAUGUCUUUUAUACUUAAUUCUUCACUUUUUUUAAAACUUGAAGGAAAUUUCAAUAUUAAUUUUGUUACUAACGACUCUCAGCAAAAUCAAUUAAAUCCAUCAUUCGUUCAAAAUCUUCAGGAGUUUGCGGAAGUGCAACACAAACAUAUGAUUGAAGUUAUUUCUACUCUGACAUCAUUGUUAAAUCAUAAAAAAUAUGAUAUGGAAUUCUUUGGUUACGAAUUGAAGAUAUUUUUUCCACCAGGAAUGAGUAUUAGUGAUGUUAAAAAUUUGUUACGAACUCUGGGCAUUAAUCCAGAGAAUCCUCAUUUCGAACUCAAAGAGAUAAAUCAUGCUAUGAGCGUCGUAUUAUCUAAUUCAACCGUUGAAAUCGACACUUACUUAGAUUCAUCACUUCUUAUUAGCCCAUCCUCUUCGCCUUGUAUGACACCACCAACACUUAAACAAGAAUAUAUACAUGAAAUUAAGGAGUUUCUUUCUCUUGUUGAUAGUCUCAUUAGCGAGAAAGAUAGCUUUGGAAAGAAAGGUUGGAAUUGA